AUUAAAAAGCAAAAAACACGCUUAUUUUAUGACUUUUGAGUAUGUAAUUCAAAGCUAUCCUGAACCCAACCAACAUGGGAUCAUGAGAAUUGUAAAAGGACAAAAAAUCCACAAAAGUUGGUAGCUUCCUUCUUCAAACGCUACGAAAAUUCCCAACUCCUUUUCUUCUUUCCUUCCGUACAUCAACGUUUACGGGUUCAUUUAUGCCCUGAAUUUUAUUAUUCAUUUUUUUCAUCUAAUUCUCUGUAAUAGAACGAUUCCUUGAUGGGUUCUUCUCGUCGAUCAUAAAUACAUCUGAGUUUGUCCAAAAGGUUAUUCCUUUUUGGUUUCAUUGUACUUGUCGAUCCUGAGCUUCAUAGUUUCAACGCUUUGAAACUGUGGGUUUUUUCGCUCUUCAUCACUGCAAGAAAGUUCUUUUCUUUGCUCUUAGCUGAUUUUCCUUGAAGCGAUAACUGGAUCACAGAAAAAUGAAUCCUUCUACCAAUGAAGAACUUGACGUGGAAAAUGCCAAGUUGGAGAAGAAUAAAGAGAAAGUAGUUAAAGUCCACAAUCAAGCCUUGUUGUCUGGACUUGCUUAUUGCCUUUCUUCAUGUGGCAUGAUAUUGGUUAACAAGUUUGUACUUUCCAGCUAUGAUUUUAAUGCUGGCAUAUCCUUGAUGUUGUACCAGAAUUUCAUUUCAGUUGUUAUUGUUUCCAUGUUGAGCCUUCUGGGUUUGGUUUCAACUGAACCACUGACAUGGAGAUUGAUUAAAGUCUGGAUGCCUGUGAAUGUUAUAUUUGUUGGAAUGCUCGUUACUAGCAUGUUUAGUUUGAAAUACAUUAAUGUAGCCAUGGUGACAGUCCUGAAGAAUGUUACUAAUGUCAUAACUGCCCUUGGUGAAAUGUACUUGUUCAGUAAGCACCACGAUGGCCGAGUCUGGGCUGCUCUGUUUCUUAUGAUCAUUUCAGCUAUAACUGGAGGGCUUACUGAUCUCUCUUUUAAUGCAAUUGGCUAUGCUUGGCAGACACUAAACUGUUUCUUAACUGCAUCAUAUUCUCUGACCCUCCGAAGGGUCAUGGAUACGGCAAAGCAAGUUACAAAAUCUGGAAACUUGAAUGAGUUUUCAAUGGUCUUGCUGAACAACACUCUUUCUUUGCCUUUGGGAAUUUUCCUGAUUAUUGUUUUCAACGAGAUGGAUUAUCUAUUAAGAACGCCACUUUUGAGAUUGCCUGACUUUUGGUUGGUGAUGACCUUUAGUGGAUUUUUGGGUCUAGCGAUCAGCUUCACAUCCAUGUGGUUUCUUCAUCAGACAGGGGCUACAACAUACAGUCUUGUAGGUUCACUGAAUAAGAUACCACUUUCUAUUGCCGGCAUCUUUCUCUUUAAAGUUCCUACUAGUUUGGAGAACUCUGCUAGCAUUUUCUUUGGUCUUCUGGCUGGGGUGUUUUUUGCUAGAGCCAAAAUCCGGGAGAGAUCUCAGUCCUGAAGAGCAGUAAACGCUUAUAUUUUUACACGACAAUUAAAGUUUGCACUAAAAGGAAUUCUUCCCAUCUUUGGAAUUUGAUUUUUGGGUUAAAUUGGAAAUUCAGUCCUGUGAGGUGUUGUCAAGAGUUGGCAUCAUCUAAAGUUACACUCUCACCCUUUAUAUAUCCAAUAUGGGUGAAGCAUGGUUCAUGAUUCCUUCUCUUAAGGGACAGUUUUUGGUCCAAGUUCAUUUGGAUCUUUUGAGGAAGUGCUGCUUGGAUGCAUUGGAUCAUAUUGGGAGCAAAAAUUGACACUAACUUCUUCAGAUGGAUUUUGUAUCAUGUGACUUCAUUAUUAUCGUGUAUCAUCACGUUACGAUUUGUUGAAUAUGAAAAUUAUCAUUGA